CUGUGUUUUGACUCGCACGGGAAACUGGGUGAGCUGCACGACCGUGCGGCCUGCCCGUGUGAGUCGGGAAUUGCUGUUUAAAACCCGAAUUUCAGCCAAAGGAAAGGGGGGAGCUGGGUUUUGGAUCCCAAACACCCAAGGGACGAACCAAAGAGAGAGAGGGCGAUCUGAGGGCAUUCUAAGAGUGGAAUUGGAGGAUUUCUUUGCCUUGGAAGCUCGAGGAACAAGCCCGGACUUGAAGACUGAUCAUCUGAAGAUUCUUACUGCAGUCUCUCUCUUCUCUAUGGAGUAACUUCCCUUCACUUAGGUUUUGAGGAACCCUAGCUAUGUUUGUUUGAUUGGAUGAUUGUAUGAGUACUCUGACUUGAUAAUCUUGAGUUCAUAUUCAAUCUAUGCAUGUUUUCAUGAUUCAAUUAUGCUUUAGUCGAGAUUAUUGAUUCUGCUUUGAUCCUAUGAGAGGGAAUACCUGAUUAGGUCAAUAGAGCACCAUAGAUUGAUAGUAGUGGAUCGAUUGCUUUAGUCGAGGGUUGAUUCACUGCUUUGUAUCGAUUGAGAACCUCUUUCGAUAGAGGGAGUCUAGUUCAGAACGCCUUGAUCAGUUGUUCUAGAGAAGGAUACGUCCCUCUAGGCAAUUGACUCAAGAGGCCUUGUUCCUUUAGUCGAGACUCAAGGUCUAAUCAAGGAUUCUCCGCAUUGUGAAUGAAAGUGAAACAAGUUAGAAAUCAUCAAUCAUUAGUCUGGCUAGUGGCUAGGGGGAAUCAUACCUAAGUGAGUUCCCAACCUGUAAUUAGAUUAACUUUAACUGUAGUUUGCUAGAGUAGUUUUAGUUCUUUCAUCUUAAUCUGGUUUGCUAAAUAAUAAACUGAAGCUGAGUAAUAGUAACUCUAGAGACCCGUGGAUUCGAUAUUUAUCACUUGAGCCACUAUACUACAAUCCCUUCCAUUGGUUACACUUGGCCAUUGUUAGGUGUUGUGUCAUAGCGAGUCAAGUUUUUGGUGCCGUUGCCGGGGACUUUCUAGAGUAUUAGGAAAGGCAGAAGUUUGUUACUUUAGCGUUUUUCUUUUCUUUUCUUUUCCACCCUUGCUUUUCACUUGGGUGUUUUUGUUUUUGUUGGUGCAGAUCUGAAUCAUGGAUCCUCAUGGCUUCUCCAACAAUUGGGGGUAUCCACCACCACCCGAGUGGUAUUACCCCGAGACUCCCUGGAGCAAUCAAGGAGGAGAAGACUAUGGAUUCGGGUUCCAGUACCAACCCUCUUACUACGGAGAACAACCGGACCUCUGGGCAUAUCAAGAACAACCUCAUUACCAAGAAGAAUUUCUCCCACAACCAGAAGGGCCAUCGGCGCUGGAGUUACCCAUGGCGGCCUUCACGGGCCAUUCUGCAGAGCCAUGCUACACUCCACAGCCAGAUCCACACUACGAAUUGAGGCUUCUCAUAGAGAGAUCAUGCUCCAGGAUCGAUCAUUGUGUCCAGGCCUUUCGUGAAACAGAGGAGAUCCUCCUGAGCCUUAAGAAGAGUGUCGAUGAUCUUGAGCGAUCUUUGGCACAACCUGCUCCAGAUCACCCUUCUGCUACCAUACAAGAAGAGGAGGAGGAAGAAGAAGGCUACAAGGACAUUGUAGAGCACACUGAAGUUGUCUCGGAGUGCUCCCGUGAUGAUCAUGAUAAGGAGUGUCAUGUCGUAGCCGACCACACCUUCCCACACCCCAAACUGAGCUUUGAAGAGGCGGGCAUGAGUGAGGAGAUGCAAGAAGAUCUCAUGAAAGAAAUUGCUUGGCAACUUGCUCUCCAAUCCGUGCUAGAAGAAGAAGAGCAAGAAAGGGUGCAGAAAGAAGUUGUGGAGGAUGACGAAAGUGAAGCAAGAGGAGUUCUUGAUCAUUUCCCAGGGGUGAUACCACAUGAAGAAGGAAGGGAGGUUGAAGAAGAAAUUGGCGUCCAGGCUGAGGACGGAGUUAAGGUGGAAGAGGCCUGCACCGGCCAUGAGUUACAUGUGAUAUCUCCACCAAACUUCGAGGAACUGCUUAGCAAGGACCCAUUUGCAGAGUCUCUUUGCCAGACCAAGGCCACAUCGACAUCGGUCCCUCUUGGUGGACGCGAUGGUGGGCAAUCGAUGCUGUCAUAUCUGGUUUGGGGCAAUGAGACGAGAGAAGAGAAGAAGAGGUCUCGAGGGUGGAGACUUCAUCUGCAUCAAGUACAUGAGCCUUCAUCACCUGCCACACCACAUGCUCGUGACUUGAGACUCCACCUCAUCGACGAGAACCUCAACUUCAAGGAGGUUCUAGCAUGGUCCGAAACUUAGGAGCCAUCGUCCAGCUCACGACGUGAAAGAAGCGCUUGUUGGGAGGCAACCCAACCAGUCGUUUUGCAUUUCUUUCUCUACUUCUCCUCGGUUGAGUCAGUUUUGUUAUUUGAUUUUAGAGUCAAUAACUCAACCUUUGUGAGAUUUUGUGUGGUGUUUGUGUUCUGAUUACUCUCUCUUCCUGGAAUGCACUGCCUGACCCGUACAUCAUCAUUCACCCUUGAUCUGGUAACUUCAUUCUACCCUCCUUAUCUUUCCUCCAUUGAGGACAAUGUCGUGCUUAAGUGUGGGGGGGGGGGGGUGUUCGAUUAUGUAUGCGGGUGAAUGUUUGGCUGUUUAUGUGCUUGGAGCCUAGUCCACUGUCCAAAUUUUUAAAUUUGAGGGCUCCAAGUACGUGUUUCCUUGCAAAUUGCCUGCUCAGUAUGCUUUGAAUUGACAGUCUCUAUAGUAAUGUGCAACCUAGGGAGGUAGUGUAGCACUAUGGAGGAUGUUGAAGUAUAAGAUUUUUCCUAUCUAGCUCUCUGCUGUGCCAGUUGAUUUUGUGAAUUAGUGGAGCUAAGACCGUUGAAUUUAAGUGGUAAUGUGGACUCUGUUUGAAUUGUGUUAUGGACUCGUGUAUUGAACAGGUUGCUCAUAUGGAAAAUGGGAAGCAGUUGGUCCUCCAUGUUGAAAUCAUUGAAAUCUUAAACAUGGGGUAAGCCCAACGUGUGUGGCACCGUUCAUUGCACAAAAUCGGGUUUUGGAAGAGAUUUUAGUGAUCCUUAGUGGGGUACUCCUACAAGGUGAAGCUAAGUUGUCUCUAGUACAAGUAAACUUCCACCCGUUGAACGGUUUGCCUACUUGAGGAUGUGUUUUUAAGGGCACAGAUAGAGCUUCCGACCCCCCUUAAUUUCAUUGACCCUCCACACGAGUUGAGGAAAAGGAGUUAAAAGAAGUACUCUGGCGAGCUCCAGAUGUACAGAAAUUUCUCUUGCUCGACUAAUAAGGGUCGACCGUGUAAAAGACUGCAGUUGGAACCCCACCAAAUGAAAGAAAAAAUGUAAAUGAAAGUGAGAAAAAGGGGGUUCCAACGGUGAAAUGAAGUGAAAGAGCACCCCGGUACAACGAAUCCUUGGUUGUGAAUGGUGUGAGUCCCUUUAUCCAUGAACUGAGUGUCUUACUUCUACUUUUUCUCAUGAUCCUGGCUUGAGUCUAGUACUCGCAUUGAGAGAGAUAUGGAACGUCUUAGAAGACCAGUUGACCUCGUAAGCUGCUAUAUGAUCUAGGAAAUCCUCUACCGACGAUCGGGGUUGUAUGUUGCUAUAGAGCUCUGGAGAGAAGCAUUGGUUUGAGUUAGGUUUGCUUGGGGACAAGCAAACAGUUAAGUGUGGGGGGAUUUGAUGACUCGGUAUUUGCACAUGUUUUCCCCUUUGUUUCUUGAUUGUUUGAGCUUGAAUUAUCGUGUUUUUGGCCUAUUUUACGCUAGGUUGUGUUCCUUUGUCACAUUUCAGGUCCUAGCACAUAAAGUGAAGCAUAGGCGCAAGUUUCAAGUCAAUCAGAGAUCAAUUGACGAUUCGGGAGAAGAAAAUCGUGCAUGGCCUGAAGAAGAAUGGAUUUCUACCUCACUUUAUGGACAAAGAAUCAUGCAAGCUUGUUAUGAAACGAAAGAGGGCGAGACUACGAGCGUCUGGGAUCAAACGGCGACUGAUUCGGAGUCCAGACGAGGGAGAAACGAAGCAUUAAACAGAGGCUAAGCAAGCCACACGGGCAGAGCAGAAAAUCCACACGGCCGUGCAAGGUGAGCUGCACGGCCGUGCGGCCUGCCCGUGUAAGAAGACUGGAAUUCAACUAAUCGAUACGCUGCGUUUUGACUCGCACGGGCAAUUGGGUGAGCUGCACGGCCGUGCUGCCUGCCCGUGUGAGUCGGGAAUUGCUGUUUAAAACCCGAUUUUCAGCCAAAGGAAAGGGGAGAGCUGGGUUUUGGAUCCCAAACACCCAAGGGACGAACCAAAGAGAGAGAGGGCGAUCUGAGGGCAUUCUAAGAGUGGAAUUGGAGGAUUUCUUCGCCUUGGAAGCUCGAGGAACAAGCCCGGACUUGAAGACUGAUCAUCUGAAGAUUCUUACUGCAGUCUCUUUCUUCUCUAUGGAGUAACUUCCCUUCACUUAGGUUUUGAGGAACCCUAGCUAUGUUUGUUUGAUUGGAUGAUUGUAUGAGUACUCUGACUUGAUAAUCUUGAGUUCAUAUUCAAUCUAUGCAUGUUUUCAUGAUUCAAUUCUGCUUUAGUCGAGAUUAUUGAUUCUGCUUUGAUCCUAUGAGAGGGAAUAUCUGAUUAGGUCAAUAGAGCACCAUAGAUUGAUAGUAGUGGAUUGAUUGCUUUAGUCGAGGGUUGAUUCACUACUUUGUAUCGAUUGAGAACCUCUUUCGAUAGAGGGAGUCUAGUUUAGAACGCCUUGAUCAGUUGUUCUAGAGAAGGAUAUGUCCCUCUAGGCAAUUGACUCAAGAGGGCCUUGUUCCUUUAGUCGAGACUCAAGGUCUAGUCAAGGAUUCUCCGCAUUGUGAAUGAAAGUGAAACAAGUUAGAAAUCAUCAAUCGUUAGUCUGGCUAGUGGCUAGGGGGAAUCAUACCUAAGUGAGUUCCCAACCUGUAAUUAGACUAACUUUGACUGUAGUUUGCUAGAGUAGUUUUAGUUCUUUCAUCUUAAUCUGGUUUGCUAAAUAAUAAACUGAAGCUGAGUAAUAGUAACUCUAGAGACCCGUGGAUUCGAUAUUUAUCACUUGAGCCACUAUACUGCAGUCCCUUUCAUUGGUUACACUUGGCCUUUGUUAGGUGUUGUGUCAUAGCGAGUCAGUGGAGCAACCUUUAACCCUGCAAGGGUGACAGCUUUUAAUGAUUGCAUUAGGGAUUGUGAAUUGGCGGAUAUUGGUGUCAUCAGACCAAAAUUUACCUGGUCAACAACCUCUGGGCUUAAAGAACAACUAGAUAGAUGUAUCUACAAUGUGAAAUGGAUUCACAAGUUCCCGGUCACUGUGAACUUUCACCCUACCAAGAUCAAGACAGAUCAUCGGCCUAUUCUUGUUUGCAAUGGCAGAUCCCAGCAGAAGACCCGUUUGGUGAGGAGAUUUUAUUUCCUCUCCCCCUAGCUGGCACAUGAUGAUUUUCAUAAUGUUGUUUCCUCUACUUGGAACUACGGAUCUAGUUUCUUGCCUUGUUUGCAGGUACUAACUGAGAGGAUCCAAUAAUGGAACAAGAAGACCUUUGGUAACAUUUUCAUCGGGAAAAUAAAGAUCGUGGAUAGACUUUGCAAGCCGGGGCAAUUUAACAAAAGAACUCCGUCCCAUCAUUCUCGCCACCAAGAGAGAGCUACUAGGAAGAGCUGGAGCACACUUUGUGGCAAGAGGAGCUUAAAUGGUGACAAAAAUCAUGGGCAAACUGGGUACUGUUUGGCGACAUUAACACUAGGUUCUUCCAUACAAGCACACUUACAAGGAGGAGGAGAAACAAAAUCACUAAGUUGAAAAAUGAUGAAGGUUGUUGGGUUACUGAUCCGGACGAGCUCAUGUCCCUCUCAAGAGAGUUCUACAUUAAGAUUUUCAAAAAGGAGGAAAGGGAGUCCAGGAUUAUCUUUGCUACUGAUUUUCCUUUGGUUGAGGCUGGCAAGCUUGCUCAGGUGGGAUCUCUUCCUCUGCCUGUUGAAAUCAGAGACAUUGUUAUGAAGAUGGUAGGAAUGAAAGCCCCAAAACCUGACGAUUAACAUGCCAUUUUCAUUCAAAACUUGCGGGAUGUUGUGGGGACUGAAUUUUCUAACUUUUUUGUUUCCUGUUUCAGGUGUCCAGAGCGCAUUAGAGCUAUCAUUUCUACAACCCUUGCAUUGAUUCCUAAAACAGACUCCCCCGUGUCUAUGUCUCAAUUCAGACCGAUUAGUUUGUGUAAUGUGGGGUAUAAAGCAAUUGCUAAAUGCAUCGCUAAUAGAUAGAAAAGUCUCAUGCCUCACCUUAUUCAUCCUAAUCAAACUGGUUUUGUACCAAAUAGGCACAUCAGUGACAAUAUAUUGUAUCAAACUAGUUUUAUACCAAACUAGUUUUGCUCACCUCCCACCGGACUGCGUUCGUUUGAUCAUGGGAUGUGCAACGACUAUAGAGCUUCAUGUCCUAUGGAAUGGAGGCUCUACAAAUGGGUCCAAACCGAGUUACAGUCUUCGCCAGGGUUGUCCCUUAUCUCCUUACCUUUUUACUAUAUGUAUUGAACGACUCUGCCAUUUCAUUCGUAGGGAGGUUAGUGAUAAGAAUUGGAAACCGAUAUUUCUGUCUAGGGGGGGGGGGGGGGAGGGAGGGGGGGGGUCUGCCCUCUCGCACUUGUUUUUUGCUUGCCGACGCCUUGGUUUUGUUUAGUGAAGCUACCAUCCCCCAAGCUGACCUGAUUAUGAAAUGCCUUGAUAAUAUUUUCUCUGCGUCGGGGGAGGCGAUUAGCAAAGAUAAGGUCUAGAGUCUUUUUCUCUAGGAAUGUGUCUUGUAAGUGUCGUAAGGACAUUUGUUCCAGGCUUGGAAUGCAAUAUACUAUGGACCUUGGU